UUUAUUUCAUUUGGAAUAUAAUUUUCAUACUAAAUUAGUUACUUGCUGUACACCAUUUUUUGUAACUUUUUCGGCAAAAGUUAAUCAUGGACUCGGGCUUUACGAAUAGUCAUAGCGAAUCCGAUGUAUAUGACAAGGAAAAAUUUUCCAAAGAUGAAGAGAAUAUGGCAAAAUUUUAUGCAACUAUAGGGAACAUAUCCAGAAACAUGCGAAAAGGGGACUGGACAUAUUUACAACGACAUCCGGAAAUCCGAGCUAUAAUACGUACCAUAAUAACGGAGGCCAUUGAGAAGAAACCCUCAAAUCUAUUUCAAUUUGCAGCCAAUCUAUUUCAUUGCAGCAAUGAAUUAGUAUUGGUGCCAAAGAUUAACAAGCAACUGAGAUUGGUUAACAAGCAGUUGAGGGGGGGACACUGGUCUCCAGCAGAUGGGGAAAUUUUAUUUUCCGAGUCCAGUGAUGCUUUGACAGAAGUGAAACCCGAAUGCAAGCUCAUCACCUUAAAGCAAACAGUUGAUGUGCAGCCAAGCGGUCCCGUGGGUCCAGAAAACUUUAAGCCCAGUUGUCCCGAAAUGCCCCAAUGUUAACAUUUAGAAAAUAAAUUUAAAAUUUUAA